GAAGGCGUUUUAGUAGUUCUUAAAAUGAAAAAUAUUUUAUUGCUGCUAACUAUAAUCUGUUCGAAAACAUGUGCGAAGUUAUAUUUAGAUGAAAAUUUGUUUCCGGGGGAUAGAGAUCUGUAUGAAAGAGUUUUAGAUUCGCAAGAAUGUGAGAGGCAAAUGGAAUAUAUUCGGAGAAAUAAUACCAUACUAAUGGCUCAAUUUCUUGAUGCUGGAAUGAGAGUACCAAGAGGAAUUUUAUUGGGAAACUUAGAGGACCUAGGAAAUUAUCCACAAUGUCUUGGUAUACAUGAAAAAGUAGACGGCCAUAUGUCAAUAGAAGGAAAAUUUUGCAUGAUAAGAGUUCCUGUGAAUCAAAAUUUGCAACUAGAAUCUUUAUUUGAAAAUUUUAAAACUAAUUUCGAUCCAGGAGCGUUAAGUUUGGAUAGCAAAACAAUUGAAAAACUUAUGGAAUACAAUAGUAACAUCAAAAAAUUAAGAGCUACAUUUGGCGGUGAACUUGCGGACUUUCGAAUUGAUCAAGAGAGUCCUUUAGCAAAACUUCAGUUUCAUUUGGCACUAUGUGUCCCUAAAGUUUGUACGACAGAAGAAGCUAUAACUGGACUUUUAUUUAAUCUGACAGCCAUAGGCUUUGAAUAUGAAGAUAGUUAUUGUCGACUACCAAAUGACAAACCGUGGGCACCAGUUGAUUACAUCGCAGUCAUACUAUUUUCGAUUCUUGGUAUUUUGACAAUCUUAAGUACUUAUUAUGAUGUUUAUCAUAAUAUUAUUUGUAAAAAAGAUCCAAAAGAAGCAAAUGAAAUCUUCAUUUCCUUUUCCGCUUUGACAAACUGUCGUCGCCUUUUAGUUAUAAAAACAGAUCCUAAUAAUAUACAAUGUUUGGAUGGUAUCCGUUCUUUGGCCAUUUUCUGGGUGAUUGUUGGCCAUGUCUUCGUUAUCAUUAGCUUAAUCCCUGCUAAUCCAAUUUAUUCUGUUGAGUGGUCUCAACAAUAUGAAGCAAUCUGGGUGGUGGCAGCUGAUCUAACAGUUGAUACAUUUUUCCUACUGAGUGGGUUACUUCUCGUUUUCAUAACAGCGAAAAAACUUACAGGAAGAGAAUUGAUAAGAAAUCUCCCAUUUUUUUAUUUGAAUCGCCUUCUACGUAUGUUUCCUGUACUGGCAGCUGUAGUGCUCUAUGAAGCAUCAUUCUCAUAUCGUGUAGCAGAUGGUCCAAAAUGGCAUGCGUUCAUGGGUUUUAGUGUGCACAAAUGCCGUACCUUUUGGUGGACCACUUUGCUGCACUUGCAAAAUUUUAUCAACCCACAAGAAGCAUGCCUUAACGUAACGUGGUAUCUGGCUAUUGACGUUCAACUUCACAUAUUAUCACCAAUAGUAUUAUUUUGGGUCCUUGGAAGAUCUAGAACUACAGCGUGGGCAGCUGUUACAACUGCUUUAGUUGUGUCUUUAGCAGCAUCAACAAUAUAUAUAUUUACAAACGAAGCAAUAGAGAAAAACGAAUACGUUUACUACUAUGUUAACAUCUUGACACGCGCUCCAACCUUUCUUGUUGGAUUAGUUUAUGGAUAUCUGCUUCACGUGUGGCGAAAUAGGAAGCCGAAAAUGCAUCUUGUGUUACAUAGUUUCAUCACAGCAUUUUUUAUUUUUCUUCUGUUUCUAACUUUAUACUGCCAGUUCAUAGGUGGUCGACAUGAUUUUAACAAUAGAACAAUAAAGAGACUAUUUAAGUCCUUUUUGCGUCCUUUGUGGGCGCUAUGUCUUGGAUGGGUUAUAUUUGCUUGUGUAAAUGGUUACGGAGGACCUAUAAACUGGUUUCUUUCUCUAAAUAUUUGGAAAAUUCCUGCUCGUAUUGCUUAUGCAAUGUAUUUAACACAUAUGUCCAUAAUGUUUGCUGUAUAUUCAACAACAUUACAACCAGUAUACUUCACUGUUGGAUCUGCUAUGUUUGACAUUUUCGGUUUCCUGUGGUUAUCAAUAUUCGUGGGUUUUUUCUUAACGGCGCUCAUAGAUGCUCCAUUCGCUAUUCUUUUCAAAAAGUUAUUUGAAUAUGGUAAGUUAUACUUACAAGGAAACUUUCUUUUUUUCAAUAACGAACGCGUUUUAGUAGUUCUUAAAAUGAAAAAUAUUUUAUUGGUGCUAACUAUAAUUUGUUCAAAAACAUGUGCGAAGUUAUAUUUAGAUGACAAUAUUAAGUUUCCGUUGGAUACAGAUUUGCUUGAAAGAGUUUUAGAUUCGCACGAAUGUCAGAGGCAACUGGAAUACAUUCGGAGAAAUAAUACCAUGCUAAUGGCUCAAUUUCUUGAUGCUGGAAUGAGAGUACCAAGAGGAAUUUUAUUGGGAAACUUAAUUGACGUAGGAAAUUAUCCACAAUGUCUUGGUAUACAUGAAAAAGUGGACGACCAUAAUAUGUCAAUAGAAGGAAAAUUUUGCGCGAUAAGAGUUCCGGUGAAUCAAAAUUUACAACUACAACCUUCAUUUGAAAAAUUUAAGUCUUAUUUCGAUCCAGGAGCAUUAAGUUUGGAUAGCAAAACAAUCGAAAUACUUAUGGAAUCCAAUAGUAACAUCAAAAAAUUAAGAGCUACAUUUGGCGGUGAACUUGUAGACUUUCGAAUUGAUCAAGAGAGUCCUUUAGCAGAACUUCAAUUUAAUUUGGCACUAUGUGUCCCUAAAGUUUGUACGACAGAAGAAGCUAUAACUGGACUUUUAUUUAAUCUGACAGCCAUAGGCUUUGAAUAUGAAGAUAGUUAUUGUCGACUACCAAACGACAAACCGUGGGCUCCAGUUGAUUACAUCGCAGUGAUAAUAUUCUCGAUUCUUGGAAUUUUGAUAAUCUUAAGUACUUAUUAUGAUGUUUAUCAUAAUAUUAUUUGUAAAAAAGAUCCCAAAGAAGCAAAUGAAAUCUUCAUUUCAUUUUCCGCUUUGACAAACUGUCGUCGCCUUUUAGUUAUAAAAACAGAUCCUAAUAAUAUACAAUGCUUGGACGGUAUCCGUUCUUUGGCCAUUUUCUGGGUGAUUGUUGGUCAUGUCUUCCUUAUCAUUAGCUUUAUGCCUGCUAAUCCAAUUUAUUCUGUUGAGUGGUCUCAACAAUAUGAAUCAAUCUGGGUGAUGACAGCUACUCUUACAGUAGAUACGUUUUUCUUACUGAGUGGGUUACUUCUCGUUUUCAUAACAGCGAAAAAGCUUACAGGAAGACAAUUGAUAAAAAAUCUCCCAUUUUUUUAUCUGAAUCGCCUUCUACGUAUGUUUCCUGUACUGGCAGCUGUAGUGCUCUAUGAAGCAUCAUUCUCAUAUCGCGUAGCAGAUGGUCCACUUUGGCCUGCGUUCAUGGUUUUUAAUGUGCACAAAUGCCGUAACUUUUGGUGGACUACUUUGCUGCACUUGCAAAAUUUUAUCAACCCACAAGAAGCAUGCGUUGGCGUAACGUGGUACCUGGCUAUUGACGUACAACUUCACAUAUUAUCACCAAUAGUAUUAUUUUGGGUCCUUGGAAGAUCUAGAGCUACAGCGUGGGCAGCUGUUACAACUGCUUUAGUUGUGUCUUUAGCAGCAUCAACAAUAUAUAUAUUCACAAACGAAGCAUUAGACGAAAACAAUUACGUUUACUACUAUGUUAACAUCUUGACACGCGCUCCAACAUUUCUUGUUGGAUUAGUUUAUGGAUAUCUGCUUCACGUGUGGCGAAAUAGGAAGCCAAAAAUGCAUCGUGUGUUACAUAGUUUCAUCACAGCAUGUUUUAUUUUUCUUCUGCUUCUAAUUAUAUACUGCCAGUUCAUAGGUGGUCGACAUGAUUUUAACAAUAGAAUAAUAAAGAGAUUAUUUUACUCCUUUUUGCGUCCUUUGUGGGCGCUAUGUCUUGGAUGGAUUAUAUUUGCUUGUGUAAAUGGUUACGGAGGUCCUAUAAACUGGUUCCUUUCUCUAAAUAUUUGGAAAAUUCCCGCUCGCAUUUCUUAUGCAAUGUAUUUAACACAUAUGUCCAUUAUGUUUGCUGUAUAUUCAACAACAUUACAACCAAUCUACUUCACUGUUGGAUCUGCUAUGUUUGACGCUUUCGGUUUCCUUUGGUUAACAAUGUUCGUGGGUUUUUUCUUAACGGCGCUCAUAGAUGCUCCAUUCGCUAUUCUUUUCAAAAAGUUAUUUGAAUAUGUUUCGAAGAAACCAAAUUCAAAUAAGAAGGCAGCAAUUGUACAAAGUAAACAAAACGGAAACGCGCAAAUUCCUUUUCAAAACGGAAACCUAGUCACAAAUAUGUGACAUGAUCAGCAGAUUAUAAUUGUUUCCGAAAUAGGUCAUCAUUUAAUUCACAACUUAACUAUAGAUCUGACGGGGCUAUGCGAUCGUUAUUUCAUGUGAAUUCAUCAGAUAUGUUAUUUUUCAUUUGUUUGUAUAUAAAUUUUGUUAUUUUUUAAAACAAUGUCGUCAAAAUGAUGGCAUAUUUUUUUUUUACUACAUAAAACAAAUCGCUAACAACUACAGAGACGUCGUUAUGGUCAUCAAUUAAUAUCAAUUGGUUUGAAUCGUCAAUGCUACUUAGGAACUCUAUAC